UGAAACUUUAUCCGAACCAAAGACGAUGUGGCGAGACUUUGGCCUAGUGUCGAUCCUAAAGAUAUCAAGAUCCUCACCCUUGAUGCAGGACAAGCUUUCGUCGUCGGAGCAUACGCACAUCUUCCACAAUCGGGCAAAGACAAGGAUCCAGUACAAGGAGCCCCUCCGUCCUUCAAAGGCUCAUUCUCUACUACCUCUUCCUCGACAACAACACCACAGGAUGUUAUGCAGAGACUCACUUUGGAACAACAAGCGACCACCAGGCCACCAACAAUGAUAGGGCUCACGAAGGCCAUAGAGCUCACGAAAGCCCACCACCAUAAUCUUGCUGUCGACCAAAAAGCGGUGAUGCAGCCUGUGUUCCGAUACAGACGGUGGCUUGAGGACGAGAAGCAGUUGAUUCCAGCGGGUCAGUCAAACUCCAUCGCGGACAUCGAGUCCUGUCUUCCUCCUAUUCGAGGUCCAGAGGCGAGCGUCACCAAUUACAUUGAGAUGCUUGAACAAGUCGAGGACCGACUGUUGAACUUUUAUAAUGGUAACAAUAAUCGGCUCAACAAACACACUUGGGAUAUGAAGCGAGCUAAGCACAUCGAGUACCAGGCUAUUGCCAACAGCCUACUCCGGAUUGUUGGUGGCAGCAUCGGUGAGCGCUGCAAGGAUGACAAUCCUGUGUUGAUCGGUGUAGGCCUCGGUCAGUUCGGAAGCUCCAGUCGACUGUCAUCUCUGCACUCUUCAUUUUUGUCGUAUUUCGUCCCAAUGGUAAGCAAACUCUUCACCAUGUACCAUCGGGAAUGUCUUCAGAGGAGUGAGUGCCAAUGAAUAACAUAUUUUGUUAUUUUAUUUAGGCUCGGUCUCUCAGAUACAAUGUGGUGGGUCUCAACGAAUUUUAUACGUCAAAGAAAUG